AUGGCCGGAGCAAUUAUUGAGAAUAUGAGCACGAAGAAGUUGGUGAUUGUAGGAGUUAUUCUGCUCAUAUUCCAAGUGUUAUCGUUCCUUGUUGGAGGCUUGAUUGCUCCGAGCCCCACCACCGCUGUCCACUACCUGGCCACCAAGUGCGUGGACGCCCGCAAGCAGCACCAGCGGAGCAAGUGGCUCAUGCCCUGGGGCCCCAACCAGUGCGACAAGAUCCGCGACUUUGACGAGGCCAUGGUGAAGAUGAUUGAGGCCAAUGACAUCGUGUUCGCCGUGCACAUCCCGCUGCCCAACAAGGAGAUGAGCCCCUGGUUCCAGUUCAUGCUGGUCAUCCUGCAGUUCGACAUUGCCUUCAAGGUCGUCAACCAGAUAGAGGACGGCGCGGUGGCCACCAUUGACGUCGGCCUGGCCUACCGAGACGACACGGUGAGCGAGUGGACAGAAAUGGCCCAUUCCAUCGAGCAGCGCAAGCUCAACUGCAGCUUCACCACCAGCAAGACGUACGAGAACGAGGGGCGCUACUACGAGUGCGACCUGCUUCCCUUCAUGGAGCUCGGGAGCGUCGCUCACAAGUACUACCUGCUCAACAUCCGCCUGCCGGUCAACGAGCGCAAGAGGAUCAACGUGGGGAUCGGAGAGAUCAAGGACAUCCGGCUGGUGGGCAUCCAUCAGAACGGGGGCUUCACCAAGGUGUGGUUCGCCAUGAAGACAUUCCUCACACCCAGCAUCCUCAUCAUCAUGGUGUGGUACUGGAGGCGCAUCACGCUCAUGACGCGGCCCCCCGUCCUGCUGGAGAAGGUAAUCUUUGCACUGGGCAUCUCCAUGACCUUCAUCAACAUCCCGGUGGAGUGGUUCUCGGUGGGCUUCAAUUGGACCUGGAUGCUGCUGUUCGGGGACAUCCGGCAGGGCAUCUUCUACGCCAUGCUGCUGUCCUUCUGGAUCAUCUUCUGCGGAGAGCACCUGAUGGAUCAAACGGAAAGAAACCGCUUCGCGGUGUACUGGAAGCAGGUUGGGCCCAUCGUCUUUGGUUCCUUCUGUCUGUUCAUCUUCGACAUGUGUGAAAGAGGGGUCCAGCUGACGAAUCCAUUCUACAGUAUCUGGGCAUCGGAAGUUGGGACAGAGCUUGCCAUGGCCUUCAUCAUUGUGGCCGGAAUCUGUGCAUGCCUCUACUUCCUCUUCCUGUGUUUCAUGGUUUUCCAAGUGUUCCGCAACAUCAGCGGGAAGAGGACGUCCCUGCCAGCCAUGUCCAAAGCCAGGCGGCUGCACUACGAGGGACUCAUCUUCCGGUUCAAGUUCCUUAUGCUAGUGACUCUGGCAUGUGCAGCCAUGACAGUCAUCUUCUUCAUCAUCAGCCAGGUGAAUGAAGGCCACUGGCACUGGGGAGACUACACCGUGCAGGUCAACAGCGCCUUCUUCACCGGGAUCUACGGCAUGUGGAACCUAUACGUGUUCGCCAUCAUGUUCCUGUACGCCCCCUCACACAAACGCUACGGAGACGAGCAGUCCAACGGUGAUCUGGGAGUCAACAGUGGAGAGGACAUCCAGCUGACCACCACCAUCACUCAUGUGGACGGCCCCACUGAGAUCUACAAGAUGACUGGAAAAGAAGCCCAGGAGUAACCCCCCCUUAACCUAGCUUCACUGUGCUUUUUCACCCCCAAAUCCCCCCUCCCCACAUUGUCCAAAAAAUUUGAACGUCAUCGGUACUUCUUGUCCAUGCGUUGCUAUGAAAAGUCCAAAUGUAAUCCAUUUUACACUCCCUGCUACUCUGAAACAGGUCAACUUGUGCUUUACCAAAUCAGAUGUUUCUCUUGUGGCUGCCCGGCUUCAAUAAAAGCUGUUAGUAGAUUUGGAGAGGUGGUUAAUAAGGACGUAGCGCCCCCUGGUGGUACACUGAGGGACAAGAUUGGAACUGGCACUGUGGUCUGAGGUAACUUUUGUUCCAAGGCACUUUUGCUCACCUUGUGAGAGGGAACUGUUUAAGUUCUUGGAAACAUCUGGUACUAAACAGGAAGGGAGGGAAGUAUAGUUUUCUUUAUGUUGGAAACUUGCUGGCUGCUUGACUGCCUUCCAGCCAAUAAAGAAAUAAGAGAUGGGCAGUUCAUUUUUUUUGGCAAAUAUUGGACAUCAUGUGAUGUGUGUAUUGCACAAUUCUUAAAAGCUGACCACCCUUCUGAAAUUCUGGAGCAUCCGAUUGGUGUAAAAUGUGUACAGUUAAACAUUUUGAUGGUGUCUUCCAUAGUCCAUUAUAAACAUAAAACACAAUUCUGAGCUUUCAGUACCCCCUGUCCAUUACAUAGCUAUCACUUCUGUAUGAAAAGUAAACUUCCCACCUAAUCAACUAGCAUAUAUGUACUUGUGGAGCUCUGUAUUAUACUUAAAACUACUGAGUUCAGCUGUCUUUCGCGAACAGGGUGUGGGAUCUCUGACACUGGGCUCAAGAGUGCAUGGAUAUUCUGAAUGCCUUCGUGGUAUACAGAGUUCAUUAUGUUAUGAUGUAGAUAUAUUUUUUAUAAAGUGCUCAUUUGUAUGCGUAGGGAAGACUUGCAUUUAGAUGUAUCACCAGUUGUCAGUUGGUGGAAUACUUUUCAAGAUGUUACAGAUGUUGUAUGACACAUGAGAGUGUAGA